UAUCGGUGUAGUUAAAGUGGACUCUCUUACGUCAAAUUUACCGCUCACAACUGGCAACAUAAACUGCUCAGUCAUCCACUUAAAAGCUGCUUGAAAACUGAACUGCAAAAGGUGUACAGCAAACAAGGACAGCUUCGAAAGACUUUCGAAAUGGGAUUUUUAAAAAUAGAUAAGCUACUUCUUCCCUUGAAGAUUCACUACUUCCUGUUUAUGGCUGCUCUAGCAUGUGCCUUACCAUUUCGAACAGUCUUUGCGAAACAACUCGGAAUAUCAGCAACUGCAGUUGGAGUUAUCUUUUUAGCCAUUCCAUUUUUCAAAAUAUUAACAAAUCCUUUGUUUGGACUACUUGUGGACCAUUUUAAGAAGUUCAGAUUAACCAUUUCAGUUUUGAUGCUGAUCGUAGCUGUAACACAUGUGAUAAUGGUGUUUAUUCCCCCAUUAAAAACUUCUGAAGAUCUCACACAUAAUACUCAAAAUCUUCAAAGUACUGUUGAGUAUGUUUGUUCUUCGCAUGAUAAUAGACCUUACAUAAAUAUCUACAAUGAAUUCCAAACAGAGAGUGACGGAAAUUCACCGCAUGUAUCUUGCGAGGUGACUUGUCAAAAAGCCUCGUGGCAAAUUUCUGAAUUAACAGAAGAAUACGGUAGUUGCGAUAAAAAUAUCAGUGGUGUAUUCAGAGUGAAUUUUAAAAUUAGCAAUUAUCGUUUCGAAUUUUCACUUGCGAAUGACAGUUACAUCAUUGCUCAAAAUUCUACGAAGAAAUUAUCGAGUGUUAAUGAGGAAAAAUUUAAAUCAUGGCACCGUUCCAAAAAAGUAGGUUGUUCUGGAAAACAAAAUUGCUUUAGUAACAAGGAUCGAAAUUUAACAAGAGAAGAUUUCAACAAAACAAAUAGUUUGAAAAGCCCGGAAUUAUCCUUGCAUUCUAAUCAAGAAUCGAAUUUUACUCUUUCAUCCAAUGGUGACGAUACAAAACAGCACUACACUUUUAUAGCAGAAAAUUUGUACAUGAUUCAAUCAUUAUAUAACUACUCUGAUUGCCUUUGCGAACAGCGACUAAAUUGUUCCACUACGAAAUGCAAUUACAUUAUCGAUCAAAAAGAAUUAGACAGUGAAGAUGAAUUUCUUUCUUAUCAAUUCUGGUCGUUAUUCUUCUUAAUAGCAAUAUCAAGUACAUUUUUCUGUGCUGUUUUGUUUCUGAUAGACGCCAUGUGUUACGAAAUGCUCAGCAAUUCUAAAGAAGACUACGGCCUUCAGAGAUUAUGGGGAACCAUCGGUUGGGGCUUAGGUGCUCUUGCUGGAGGAUACCUUAACCACUUAAUAAGUCCAGAUUCAACAAAUAUAGAUUAUUCUUUAAGCUUCUACUUAUUAGGUGUUCUGACAAUAAUCGAUUUAUUACCUGUAUAUAAGCUUCAGAUUGGGGAAGUCAAAUAUUCGCCUAACAUAUGCAAAGAUAUAUGGUCAUUACUUUCAAAACUUGACAUAGCUAUCAACAUUUUUAUAGUCUUUACUAUUGGUGUUCUUUCUGGGCUGUUGUGGAAUUAUCAGUUCUGGUUCAUGGAAGAAAUAGGAGCUAGUCAAGUUCUUUUAGGACUGUCUCAAACUUUCGAAUGUGUUGCUGCCGAGGUUCCCUGUUUCUUAAUUUCUGGAUGGGUCAUCCGAAAAAUAGGGUACAUAAACUGUAACAGCCUGACGCUUUUUUGCUUUGGUUUGAGAUACCUAUGUUUUGCCUUUAUGUGGGAUCCAUGGAUGACUCUACCAGUUGGAUUUUUCAAUGGCCCUUGCUUUGGUAUCUUCUUUGCUGCCAUGACUAUGUACGGCAAGACUGAGGCGCCACCAGGAACAGAAGCCACUGUCCAGUCACUAUUAGCAAUGUCUUUUGAAGGAGUUGGUGCAGGAAUGGGAAGUAUACUCGGUGGCAUUGGCUUUGAUAAAUUUGGUAGCAGAAAAACAUUUUUAAUUUCAGCCAUCGUUAGUUUUGUACUUUUUGUUAUCAACGUUCUCUUACAUAUUUUUGUCCUGAGGCGGCGAGCUGAAAAACCACCUGUAAAGUCAAAAUCGACUCCUAAAGGAAGCACAACGAAUUUUUAAUUAGCCCUUAAAAUAGAAACCACAUUCAAAUCAUAUUCAUUGAUUCUGAAUAUCCAUUCGAAUUCGGAUUUUACCGAAAAUCUAUUAUAUAAUAUAUGUACUUAAAUACCUUAUGCCCCUACCCCUUAAGCUUCUGAACGACAACGAAUUAGUCAUGAAAAUGUUUUAUAAUUAUAGCAAAACGGCUGUGCAUUAUAAGAUGGGACCAUUUAAGUGACAUAUGGCGAAAAACUUAAGAAUUAGCAUUCCUGUCUUAAAAAGCGGUACAAGACAGGGGGUGGAGUGUUAAAUGUUCUUCGAAUUCUAAAGACUUUCACUAUAUCGUUUGCGAGAUAGGAAUGCAACUUAAAAUGUUUCCCACCAGGUGGGACUGUAAACGAUAUUAUCGUGUAAAACAUAGCCGUUUUAUUAUACCUGGAGAACACUAUCAUGGCUAUUAAUGGCGGAUUUCGGGUUUUCGCGGCCCAAGGAAAUGCAUCUUAUCAGGAAGCCCCACUUUUAAUAAGCUAAUACAGUUUAGUUUCCCACCCUCGCAGAUUUUUUAAAACUUAAUCAACAUAUUCAUGAUUUAUUAUAGGCUGUUUCUUUAAUUGUUAACUUUGUAAAGGCACAUUUAUUUCAUUUGUUUAUUAUGGCUCAAGAUUUUCAAUCAUCCACAGUCGUAUGCAAUGUUAUUAAAGCAGACUUCGUUGUUCAUAAUGGUGGUAAACAUUAAAAUCACUUAAUAUAAUAGCUAAGUGGAAGCAGUAAAAAUAUAAGAAAUUAAUCAAUUAUAUUUAAUAAGCCUCUAAAAUUAUUCUAAUAUUUUAUAAAUUUGUUUUCUUGAAAAAUCGGGAAAUCAAGUUUUUAAAUUGAUCUAGCAGCUAUCUAAUCGGAAAUUCGCCGUUGAUGACAAUAGAUGCUGUCCUUCGGAUGUUAAAGGAAUUUCAUAUGUAUGUGAAAGGGUUUUAAAUGGAAAUCCUUUAUAUAAAGUCCUUUUAAUUUUUACGUACAAAUUUAUGUCACAAAAGAAGAUAUUGUAAAAUAUGCAUGUACUUAAACCAAUGUAAUAUAAAUGUAAAU